GCCAAUCAAGCAGUGUAUAUUUAUUGUUUUGAUAGUAUCAACGACCAAUCAUGAUAUAUAAGGUACAAUGACCUUAGUAACAAAGUAGCCACGUGAUCAGUUGCGUGUGAUAUUUUAACCCCGCUUUUAAAAGUUUUAAAAUAACAAUACAACGUCAGUUAUAUAGACUUGUUCAUAUGUACAAGAUGUGUUAUAAAUUGUGUAUAUCAUGAUAAUGGUUUAUAAUGUACAUUUUUGCAUAGAAAACAUAAUUUUCAAGACUGUUUAUAUGUGAUUCCUUUUGGAUAUUUCUAAAGUAGGACAACAGUAAUUGUAAAAACAGACUGACCUUGUUCGAAAAUGCUAUAAUGGCAAGUGAGGAACUGGAUAAAGAUCUGUUUAAGAAUUGGGUACGAGGCUCAAAAGGACUGGAAUACUUACAGGAAGGUCUUCAAGAAUUUGUUGGAAAAAAAGUACUGCAAUGUCGUGAUAAUACCCUUCAAAAGAUAAUAUCAACAUUAUCAUCUGGAUCACCACAACAGUGCAACCAGUGUACAGAAAAUAAUCUUUCUCCAGAACAUUUUAACUCUACGAAGGCAUGCAACAAAAACACAUGUAGCCAAAAGACCUCAAACAACUGUUUUGGAAGCAGACCAGUCGGACGUAGGAAAUGUCCUGAUGGCAUUUGUAGUAAAUUCUACGACGCAAUUAUAGAUGAGCAUGUAUUUAAAGACCCCUUAUGGAAGAACACAGACCCAAGAACGUGGUGUUCGGAUCCUCAUGGGUGGAGUUAUGCAAAAUGUUUCCAAACAACUAUAGGUCCAGGGACAUCAGCUAAAGAUACAGAUGCUGCUAGUUUGCUGAGCAUUAUUAUAAGCAACAAGUCAAUACAAAACUUUGUGGCCAGUUCUAGUUCGUUUUAUACGGCGCGAGACAUCCGAAAUGAAAUCUUACAUAGCUCAAAGCUUGAAAUCGACGAAACAACUGUGUGUUCCUUUUUGGAUGCGUUCAUUGUUGUUCUUCAAGAUCCAAAGUGUCUGAUUAAUGACGAGGCGUCAAAGAAUGCAGUUCAUAAACUAACACAGUUAAAAAACAACACGAUACACAUAAGCCAGGAAGACACAGUAUCACUUUUUGAGAACAGAAAUAAGGCGUUAUCUGAACUUGAUGAAAGGACAGCUGAAUCAUUGCGUAAACUCGAUGAAAAAGCAUUGGCUGUACUGAAUAAAUUUAAAGAAGAUGUUAAUGAAGUGAAGGAUGCCGCUUUAGCUGAUGUUAAAAACGCUGUGCAAACACUUUCUGCAGAGAGAGGGGAUGCCAUAUCUGAUGCUCGGUCUGAUAUGAGCAUUUUCCAAAUAGUUCGUCGGAUGUUCUGGAAUGUGUUCAUAUACUUUAUGGGGUGGUCAAGCCGAAAAAAGAAAGUUCAAGAACUUAAAGAUGAACUUAUAACAUGGUACAACCAGACCAAUCAGAGUACAGUUUACCUUUCACCACUCACAGAUGCUUUCCCUACCCCUCUUGCGGGGUUCUACAUUAUGCCAGAAAUUGACAUACAGACAUAUCUGCCAGGCGGUAGGAAAGAAACAACUAGAGUCAAGUCAUUACAGGACCUGUUUACAUCUGGUAGAAAAGUUCCCCAUGAAAUAUAUUUAUCAGCUGUUGCUGGAUUUGGGAAAACUGCAUUUUCAAAAUAUCUCGCUAUAACAUGGUGCCAAGCUCAUAAAAAGGAUGAAAAUUACAAGCAUUUUAAAGAAGAAGAAUUAAAGGCUUUAUCUGGCUUUGAUUUUUUAUUUCUGGUGCUAUUGAGAGAUUCAGCUAAAGUCUGUGAUGUUGACGACAUGAUUGAACAACAAGUCAUACAAUAUCUUCCAUGCUCAUCUUCAUUGCCAAAAGGAUUAUUAAAGGACAUUCUACGUGAUGAAAAAUGUCUUGUGAUAUUAGAUGGACUAGAUGAAUGGUUUCAUCCUGAAAACGAUUGUACAAGACUUCCUAAAAGUAUUCCUCAUCGAUAUGCACGUGAAAAGUGUGUAAUCUUAACAACGACCCGGCCAUGGAAGCUUGGAGGCUCAAACUUGAAGACAAGUCAAAUGGACAAAACAGUAGAGCUAGUUAAACUGAAUAAAAAGAAUGCAAGGCAGUUUAAGCUUAAUGCACUGAAAAUGUUGAAUGUAAACCUUCAAUAUGGUGAACUGAAAAAUGAAGUGUGUAGAUUUGAAGAAGAAAUCAGUGACCAUGACCUUGAUGAUAUGGAAUCCACGCCUCUCCUGUUACUCUAUCUUAUAUGCUUAUGGGUUGAAAAAAUUCCAAUAGGAAAUUCUGCAGUAGAAUUAUAUACAGGCAUUAUUCAGCUCCUUCUAUCUAGAACAGAAAAAUUACAUGGAAAGUUUCAUUCAUCGUGUGAAAUAUCCCCUAGUAAUGUUCCUGAAUGUUUCAGAAAACAUCAACAUUUCUGUAGUUACUACAUGUUUCUGGUAACCAUUGGGAAACUAGCUUUUUAUACAUUGUUCAGUAAGAAAAAGGAGCACACAUUAGUAUUUGAUGAAAAUGUUGCAGAAAAAUAUCUAAACCAAGAAGAUUUGAAAUCAAGCUGUCUAUCAGGAAUAUUAUCAGAAAGUAAAGUGAAAACAUUAAUAAACGAAAGUUCUAAAAUCUCAUUUUCACAUAAAACAGUGCAGGAAUACUUUUCAGCAAUAUUUAUAAGUUUUCAAAAUACAAGUGAAGUUCAAAAAAUCAUCUUAAACUUUGAAGAGUGCAACUGUUUACAAAAUAUUCUAGAUAUGUCAAAAGUGUUUGGCUUUAUUAGUUACAUGAACCCUAAAUUAAUGUCUACAAUAUCAAGUGAUUUGAAGCCUCUGAUAAACAAUGAUGAAAAAACAAGCAAAUACAGAACUUUGACAGGUUAUGAUUACAUGUACAUUAAUCCAUUACAAGACAUACAAGACAUGUACAUUUCUUGUGCCAAAGAAAGCCAGGAAAACAAAGACCUCAAAUUGUGUUUACAAGAUUUCUUCAUUAAUGAAAAAUGUCAACAAGAAAACUACUUCAAACAAUUACAACAUUUAUGUCAACAAAAUAAAGAAAAUAUAAAAUCAAUAAUGAUAGAAAAUAAAGGUAUUUGUAGUCUACAAGAAAUUAUCAGUUUGUUUACACUCUCUGACCUUCCACAUAUAGAGAAAUUAUACUAUAAAGGUGAAAUUGUAGAAGAGGAAAUAAUGAGCUUGUUAUUGAACCCUUUAAAAUGUUUAACUGUGAUAUCAAAUAAAUGGAAAAAUCAUCAAUUUGUAGGAAAACGUUGUCGGCUGUCUGCAGAGAUAAAUGGACGACUGGUAAAAUUACAACACCUGGAGUGUUUAUAUAUAGAAAGUUUCACUAUGACCCAUGAGGUAAUGGAGACAUUGUUAAAUUUCCUCACUAGUAAAAAAUCAAUGAAAGAAAUAACAUUGUACAAUUUAUACUGUAGUGAUCACACGAAUACUUCAUGUAGGGGAUUCAACCUUGACCUGUCUCAACAUUCACAACUUAGACGUUUAGGAUUGAUCUGUAUACCUAUGUCACAAUUAAACAUGGAUGUAUCGUUGUUAGAGGAAUGUACUGUAGGUAAAUUAUAUAAACCUGGUGUUGUGUCAUCUUAUCUCAGUCAACUACCAGCAGCCAGUAAACUACAAACAUUUAGGUGUAGUCAUCUAAAAUCUUCCAGUGACAUAGAAACAAUGUUACAAACAUUAUCAUUGUUAUAUCAUGUGAAAUAUGUUAGGUUGUUGGGAAUCAAUCUAGGUGAAAGAUCAUUAACACUGUCACCUCAAAUGAUCAAUAUUGAACGUGUUGGCUUGCGUUAUAUAACAAUGUCUUGUUCAGUGUUACAUGAUCUCAUUACUGUUAUAAACAAACUACCACAUACAGUGACAGUAUAUAUGGCAGGUUGUGAUAUAAAACCAGAAACAGAAUUUAAAAACUUUAAAACAUUUAUAAAACAAUCAGACAAUUUUGUGGUCACCUAUGAUGGCACCUUGAAGUCUGGAGUGUACAGGUUUGAGUUUAAAACAACAACAAGUACUGAGUAACCUUAAAUGAACUUGGGAGAAACAAUUUAUAAAUAGAUUAUGAGACAAGUGACAGGUGAAAUAGACAUCAUUUUUUUAUUUUUAAUCAGAAAUUUACUGCAGGACAUAGAUAAGGAAACAUUUUAAAAUGUGUACAUUUAGUUAGACAACUUGGAUUAUCUUCUGAAAGUGUUAAGGAUGGACUGAUGUUUCUUUAUAUAAAAAAUCUUCCAGACUUCAUUGUUUAACCGAAGAUAAAUAUCCAAGUUGUUACACACAAGAUCUAUGACGUAAUCCUUACAAACCUGAAAAAGUAGUAUCAUACACAUUAUAACCUUACAGUUUCACAAACCACAAUGGGAAGAAAUUUCAUGUGACAUUUCACUUGUCUUAUGUAAAAAGUUAGAUUUAGCAAAGAACACUAAGUAUUGUUAAGACUUGAUGGUCAUUUACAAGUGUACAGUACAUAUUUUCAAAUACCUCGCUAUUUAGGAAUUAUAUAUGAUUCAUACCUGUUAUAAAUUGUUACCUACCUCAAUUUUUGAAACAGUUUAUGCUGUAUUGUAAUUUAGCUGUUAAAAUGUUUGUGCAGUUGUAUAUUUAUUAUUAUAAAUGCUCAUCGCCUGAACCAUAUGUAAGAAAAAACACAAGCACCACUAUUUCAAUAAUUAUCUCCUCUAAAAUUACUUGUUACUAAAACUUCUUUUUCUUGCAUAGCAGACUGGCGUUUCCGUGAGUUUUAACCAUGCCCGAAAUUUCAUCUGGCAUGGGGGUGCCAGAUAAGUCGCUUGCCAAACAACGUGAUUUUAGCGCACUUUAUGAAUGAACCGCGUUAAAAUGAAGUCGUUUUAAAAGGGAAAUAUGUGCUUAAAAUGAUGUCAUUUUGCUGUUGUUAUUUAAGUUGUAAGUUUAUACGCUAUUGUAAGAAAAUAUUUAUAGAUGAAAUGACUAAUUUCCAUGAACAUAUAUCAUAUUGGUGUUAAUAUGAAAUAAUAUGUCAGAAUAUGCAAGAAAAAAUAUCUGACAAAUGUUUGCGGUUCAAAACGGAAUAUCCGUCCCUCGGGAACCCGCCCAUGGGCGGUAACUUGGCAAGGCUUUUUACCACCCAAUGGGCGGGUCCCCUGGGCACGGAUACUCCGGUCCGAACCGCAACAUAUGACAGAUAUUAUUAUUGUGUCACCUCUGAAGAGUAAGUGGCCACAUAUAGGAAUCAUCGGCUUUUGAAUGGUUCGAUGGUUUUCUUCGCAGUUAUAGCCCUUAAAUGAUUUGUAUGCUCCUAAAUAAAGAGCAGCCAUAUAGUCGCCGCUUCGUUCAUCCGCUUUUCCUGUCCGGCACAUAUGUCUGAUAUAACAAGAGGUAUCGCCAUGAGAAUUUGUAGGUCGAUAAAUCUUUCUGUGUAUAUGUGCAGUGCACAAGAACUGUAACUUUGCCUUGCCUAAUUUUUGAGUUAUUGCCCUUUGUUCAUUUUUACACUUAGAAUUUUGUCCGAAAAAUAAAAAAUUAUUAAAAAAAUAAUAACAGGUAUCAACAAGAAGCUUUGUAGGUAGAUAAAUAUAAUAUUAAAGUGACAUUAUGCCUAUCCAAGGGUAUAUAGUGUGUGAACGGGUGAAAAUCAAAAUAAGUUUUCAGUUUGCCAUAAUUCAUUUUAAUUUUAUUAUUAAGUUCGCAUAAACAAUAAAUAACGCACAGAUCCAAGCGAACUUUCUGUAAAUAUCCAUUAGAAUUAACCUAUAACGCUUAGUUUAUAAAAAGUGUGGGGCAGUCUUUUUAAAUUUUAGGCAGAUAUAUAACUUUAUCCUAAGUAUUUUCCAAUAUCAACUGUUGGUCAAACACCAUUUUGACAGUAAUUCUUUUGAAAAAUAAAGUCAAUUCAGCUUAACUUCACUAUGAAAACAUGAGCAUAAUGUCACUUUAAUUAGAAGUGUAGUGCAAAAGAGCCGUAAUUCUGCCUUGCCGUAAUAUUGGAGUUAUUGCCCUUUUUAUUUAAACUUACAAUCUUCAAGUUAGGAAAAUGUUCUUUAACGCAUACAUUCUUCCUCAUUUAGACUAUUGUUGCACUAUUUGGGGUAAUUGCAGUAAGAAGCUCUUAAAUGACAUGUAUAAAUUUCAAAAACGUGCAGCAAGAAUAAUACUUGAUAAAGAUUUUGAUGCGCCUACUGAUGAGGUAUUUUCUGAAUUAAACUGGAUGAAAUUCUCUGAUAGAGUGAAUUAUAAAAAGGCCAUUUUAGUAUACAAGUCCCUAAACAAUCUUCUCCCUGAUUAUAUGCGAAAUCUUUUUACAAAUACAGAAAAUAAAUCAUUAAGAUCGUAAUUAUGAACAAAGACUUCUUUUAAUAGUCCCCAAACCAAGAAUUGAAUUCUGCAGAAAAUCCCUAUCAUAUUCAGGCUCAAAAUUUUGGAACUCCCUCCCUUUAAACAUAAGAAAUUCUUCCAACAUACAAACAUUCAAAACUUAUUAUCUUAAAUGGUGGUUCUCUGGUGGGCACCCAAUAAUCAAUCUAGCUAUGUUUUAAUAUUCACAUAUAUGUCUCAUAAAAUGUACAAUUUCAUACAUUCAAAUGUUUGUAUUCAUUGUCUUAUUGCAUUUUUCAAUUACUCUACUUUUCUAUGUUGUAUAACUUG